CCUUUCUCUGAUGCCUUCUUUUCCAAAACACAUUGUCGCUGUUUCAUGUGUCUCGAACAGUGCGUUCCUUGCACGGCUUUGUCUGCACAACUGGCGAUCGGCUCAUUUCCUUGCCCUCUGCACCGAGAGCGAUAGCCUGGAAGUACUGACACUUCUCGGCUCCAUCAGGCACCUCAACCCAGUGCUCAAACUGUGUCUUCUCGACAUCCACCAGCACCUCAGUGGGCGGCGACCUUUCACUCUCCCCCGUGACGAUCCGCCACUUCUUCACUUCCGUGGCGCCGUUCCAGCUGAAGUGAAGCCGAAGGGCCUUCGCUGGGUUGUUAUCAUCCAAGAGGGCUUUGGGUGGCCAAGUGGGGGUCCCGAUCCAGGGAGCCUUGACGGUGCGGUACGUAAAUGUGUGAGGAGUUGUCCACUCCAUCCGGAUUAACUCUUCCCCGUCGAUUGUUACCUCCAUGUAGAACGGAAUCCCUACUGUUCCGUUCUUGUUUUUUCUCAGACCCAGACAAUACACACCGUUGCCGUUAGCCAUCCGCCUGUAGCUGCCCAUCGCGAAAGAGCGGAUGCCGGUAUCAUAUGCAUUCACCAACCGUGCCUUGGUUGGACAACCGUCGGAAUCGAACGACAAUUGGUAUUGGAGACCUCGAGCACUUCCGGAGCUCUUGUCAUUCCUCACCGAGUUAUCAAACAUAGUAAUCUGAGAUUCCUCGAUCUCUCUCACGUCAUGUUGCCCCACGAACUGGCCUCUAUUGUCGUUGAUGAUCCUGAAACGAAACUCGGACUCGGAUAUCGGCACUUUGUGUCAAUCACUUGCCAUUACCUGAAGUCGCCACCCUUCCCUCCGAGACGCCACAGGACCUCUCCGGUAUCUCUGUAGUGCACACGGAAAUACACGAGUGAUUAUCCGGACGGCCUAGCUUUUUACACCUAUGGAUUUUUGCGACUUGGUUCAUUCUCCUCAUCCUGGAAAGACAGACACACACACACACACACAUCUGCGCUAUACCGAUUGGGACCAAGCAAGACACAAUUGCCGGUUACGAAAGGAGAAUGCUGCCAUUCUCAGCCUCUCCAAGUGCUAUCGAAUGCAAAGAAUUCCAGCAUUCGAAGUGAUGUGCGUGCAAAAGAUCUCGAGUCGCUCACAAUUUGAGUGGAAAAGGUCCCACAUCUCGUUAACAAUAAGCAUGUUUGUCUCCCAAAAAGCUAGGGGCAAAUGAUCCCAUGACCGCCACUCCAUUACCACAUCACCUGCAGGUGAAGAAACGUUCAAACCACUUUUACUCAAUAUGUUUGCGCGCGCACCUUCUGGCGUCACCUCUUGUAUGAUUGUCCCAAUGGCACCUCUCGCGUCAGCACCGAGGCGCAGGUUCUUGGUAUUCAACAAUUGGAAAUCCCAUCUGCAACGGGGACAAUAUGAAAUGUACAGAUUAUCUAUUUGUCUUACACAAGCAUCAGCGCCGUUCCUUCUUUAGUCGCAUGGAAUUCAUGCCAAUUCUUCCCUGUCAUCCAAUGAGAUCCGAGUUCGGAAGCGCCAAGUGUUUUCAGGCGUUGCUUACUGAAGCCGUGUUUCGGGGAGUAGGUAUGUCGCACCUCGUAGUCGGGACCGACAAUCCUGCCUCCCCCCCUGUACAGCUGUCCUCUAUGUGUAGGUGCGAAAGCGGCAGAACCGCCGCCCGCAAACUCAUGAUACACAGGGUCGCCCUGUCAAGGGGCACUUUUGCCGACGAAUCGUUUAUAUCCUUGAUAUGUACCUGCGAUGUCAUUAUGAUGCUCGCCGUGCUCCAAACUGUGGUGAACACGUAGCCGGGCGCCAGUUUCUUCAGUUCGCCGGUUGUCACCUUCGCGCGGGGGUACGCAGAUGGGAGGGUCCUGUACAUAUACACAAAGAGGUAGACUCUCCCUAACGCUUCACUGUGUGCACACAUCAUGGCUGCGUUUGCGUCCUCGCCUGUAUGCGCAGUUCGGGGCGAAGUACUCGCUUUGCUUCGAUGAAGAGUUUUUUCCAUAACAAUCGAUUUCGUCUGCGUCGUUUACAUCAGCAACAUCAGCAAGGGAACCGUGAAAGGGGCUGAUGCCCAGCAGGAGAAGGGCAUCUUGAGCCUUGUCAAAUAGGCGUAUGGUUUCGUCUGAUGAAGUGUCGUUGGUGGCGUUCCCGGGCCUCCGGCUCUUUACUGCUCUGUUGCUCCAUGAGACCUUGAAACGCCACUGCGAUUCGGAGAGGGACGCAUGGGUUUCAUUGGUUUUUAUCCCCUUCGCCACUUUUACGCUCACAGUUUCCCCAGGCUCGAAGGCCGCGUCAGGUACGAAAUAGAUCGUUCUGUUGUCACUCAGUAGCCGCGUGUUUCCAUCGUGGUCGCCCGACACGUCACCGCGGACGCUGAUCUUUCCUCUAAUGCUGUCUCUGUCCACCUUUUCUUUCGGCCUGAAGGCGAUGGUUGUCAAAGGGGAGACGAGAAUGGCUCCAGGCAGCGGAUGGGCAUAAACGAAGGGAGUCUCCUUCCGCAAAGCCUGCAGGCCGAUAGAGGGCUCGGGGGGUUUCAGCAGGUCGCCCUCAUCUCUGAGUUUCUCCUGAUCUCUUUUGGGGUUCAAAGCCAUUGCUUCCAGUUGACCUAGAAGCUGGUCAGUGUUACGUUCUGUCGCUUGCUCGUCAGUGAGGGCGACCCCCUGACGCCCCACCACAAAGAAGAUACACAGGACAACGAGAACGCUGGGCGACAUAGUUAUGCUAUACAGAUA